AAGUGCAAUAAGUCCUUAAAAAAUAUAUCAUGCUUACAAGAAAAUUUGCUGACAAGUAAAGACAAAAAAGAAGCACUGAGUUUUAUCAAGUACAGAAAAUGCCUUGACCAGUCCCUCAAGGUAGAAGCAUCUUUAAAAGAUAUGACAGCAAAUAAUGAGAGGACACUAACCUUUAAUCCUGAUAGAACCAUCCAACAAACCCUGUCCGUUCUAUCUGGAUUGGGACAAAUACUGAGCACAGUUAAACAAUCACAACCCACUAAAAGGACAACACAGAACACAUAUACCAGACAGAAUAGACCUAAAGCAUGCAACCAGUCUGACCCUGGAAACCAAACAGCUUCAAGAUUAAAGGUAAACACAUCCAUUCCAGAAUCAAGUUCAUCUAGACACUAUAGCCCUGGAAACCAAAACAGUCAUCUGCCCAAGUCAGGCCUGGUAUCUGAUCCUGUAUCAAGCUCAUCACACCAGCUGGUCCAGGGACAUCAACCAGGUGCAGUAAGCAAACCUGAUCAAAUCAUAAAAGUGAAGAGUAGUAAGAAGUACAGUGUGAAGAUUGAGCGUGAUCGAAGCAAGUGCUACAUAAAUGGUAUCUGUGAGACAGCUUCUGGAGAACUCCUCAUCACAGACAGGAUGAACUGUAGAGUGAAGCUCCUGGAUAGGACCUACAAGGUGGUGGCCCACUGUGACUUGCCUGGUAAACCACGGUCCAUGUGCAGCAUUGACUCCAGUCUGGUGGCUGUUACUGUGCAUAACGAGGAGGUCCACUUUAUCAGAGUGACCAAUGAUCAGUUGAAAGAGGAAAGGAUACUGAAGCUCCAACAUAACUGCAAGGGUAUUGCCCAUCACCAUGGUAACCUGUACAUUACAGAUGGUGAAGCUCUGUAUAACUAUACUCUGGAUGGAAGACUGGUGAGCAAGAUGUAUAAGGAUAAAUCAGAGACCUCCUGUGCAGUGAGUCCAGAUGGUGACAGGAUAUAUGUGGCCAACAUUUCCAGUAACAAGCUGGUCACACUGUCCAGGGAUGGCACAGUGAUCUCCAGCCUGACUGUACCUGACCUGAGCGCCUCUAUAUAUGGACGACCUGGCCUACAUGUGACAGAUUCAGGACAAGUUCUGGUGUGUGGAUACUAUACACACCCAGUAGUCCAGGUGGACAGAGAUGGUAGACAGAUACUGGCAGAGGUGGUCACAAAGAAUAAUGGUGUGAGUCUCCCUUUAUCUGUCUACUACAGUAAGCACACACGCUCAAUCAUUGUAGGAAUGUACAGAAAUAAUGACAUCAUAGCGUUUAAGGAACAGUGACUGUUGCAGAUGGAUGAUUUAUAAUCAUUUAUAAUAAUUAACACAUUCAUAUAUACAGUUCUCAUUUUAAAAUAGUUGAACUCUUAAAUAAAAUGUAUAUCAGACCUGUUGCAAUAGGACAUAUUCAAUAUUCCCUGUGUAAAAGCCUUACAUGCACAAAUUUACCAUAAAACCAGUCUUUAUCAACCUGGUAUCAUUAAACUGAAAUAUGCUCACAUAUAAUUUGAAAAAAUAAAUAAAUAAUUAGUUUCAUCGAAACUAGAUUUUAAAGUGAUUGUACAAACAUUUCUGAACCAGUUUAUCAAUUGUUUUUUUGUUUUUGUUUUUUUUUUAGGGGGGGGGGGGCAAAUAACUCAUUGUUAAUAAAUAUCAUCUAUUGAUAUCGUUCAUGAUGUGCAUGAUAUUCAUAUGUUUAUGAACAUUAUGUGUGAGUGUGUCAAGCAUUGUUCAAAUUUAUAUGCAUGUGAGUAUAAUAUCUAACAACAAUUAUCAUUUUCCAAAUGACACAUCAAAGCAAAACAUAUGAAACUCCGCCACAUUAAUGUCAAAAUAAAAGGAUUUGCAAUCAAAUAAUAGUCUGAUCCAAAAGUCUGUUAAUCAACAUAAAAUAAUCAGCAACAUACAUUCUCAAUUAACCCUAUGCCAGCAGAGAUUAUUGACCAAACCUUUCUAACAAUCCUCGGUAAAUACACGAGAUAAACAUAAGUGAAAGCUUUGUGCAUUAAAAUUACUCUCUUAACUAUUGAGACAGAGCAGAAUUUUCUGAACUUCCAAGGUCCUCUCAAUGUCCUGCUUGAAAUAGCCCCCCUCCCCCCUGCAUUUACAGUUCAGUUUCAAGACCUAGUUUUCCAACCAUACAAGCUUUAUCACAUAUUAUAGUCCCAAUAUGCCACAGUCCAGGUUCAAAAUUAACAUCCACAAGAGCAAUAACAGUGAAAAUAUGAAAACAGGAGUUAUGUUUGAAACAAUUCAUGUGUACGUCUUAGUUUUCGAGUUAUGGCUCCAGAAAAAUUAUAAACACAAAAACGGCAUGAUGUAAUAGAAUGUCUUAUUUAAAAAAGGGGCAUAACAUUUGUAAUUUUUAAUGUAUGAUGAUAACUAGAAUACCAUGAUGACCUCUAGGUGCUCACAGACUUGAAGUGAGCUAUUUUUUUACCAAAUUUGAACCAGAUUUAAACAUGGUCUAUAUAUUGUCACAAUGCAUGACCUUUUUGACUUUAUUAGUUUGUUUAGAUGUGUGUUUAUAAUCAGAUAGUUUGUGUGCAGUUUAAUAAUUUAAGGACAACUAUACCUUAUUAUCAGAAACUUUUUGAUUCCUUCAUGUAAAUAUGCAGAUUAAAAAAUAGUGUUUGUCAAUCAUUUUGUUGUAAUCUUAUAUUAUAGUCUUGCAAUUCACAGUUUGUAGGAUUAAUAUUAAUUAAUCAUCCUUUUGUUAUACCCAUGUUUUGAUGUGUGCAUAAUGCCUUUCAACGUUUAUUGAAACU